AUGAAAAGCACAUCUCCCACGCGCACGCGCUCCUCGCUCUCCCUCCCCGAAUCUCUCUUCCACCUCUCCCUCACCAUCCUCUGUCUCUCCCUCCUCCUCAAAACCCUCUCGCGCGAAAAUGGCGAACCCCUCAUCGCAUCGCUCGCCUUCAGCGGCCUCGCAUUUUCCGCUACCUACAGCAUGAUUCGUUGGCUGGGCCCAACGUUCAUGAAAGCAGGACUCAAGGGAAAAGAUAUGUCGAAGCGCGAUAAGAAGGAGAUUCCGGAAACGAUGGGCGCGGUCUGCGCGGUGGUUUAUUUGUUGAUUAUUAUUGUGUUUAUCCCGUUUCCGUUUUAUAAGGAUAUUGUGGCGGCGACGAGUGGUGGUGGGAAUAGGGAUGUGGUUAGGGAAGGGGGUCUGAAGGAUUUCGGCAUGGAUGUGGAGAAUGGGAGGUUUUUGCAUAGGUUUCCGCAUAGUAAGCUAGCAUCCUAUCUCUCCGCGGUCCUCUCCCUCCAAUCUGUCGUCAUCCUUGGAAUCGGCGACGACCUCUUCGAUAUCCGCUGGCGCCACAAAUUUUUCAUUCCCGCCGUUGCCUCCAUCCCCAUCCUAAUCGUCUACUUUGUCGAUUUCGGCGUCACCCAAAUCGUCAUCCCCAUCCCCCUACAACCCUAUCUCGGCGAGCUCUUCCAACUCGGUCCUCUCUACUACAUCUACAUGGCGUCCAUUGCCAUUUUCUGCCCCAACAGCAUUAACAUCCUCGCCGGCAUCAACGGCAUUGAAGUUUCCCAAUCCCUCAUCAUCGCCUUCCUCCUCGUCCUAAACGACACCCUGUAUCUCCUAACCCCCUACCCCCACCCCGCAACCGACUCCCAUCUCUUCUCCCUCUACAUGCUCCUCCCCUUCAUCGGCGUCUCCCUCGCCCUACUCUCCCACAACUGGUACCCCUCCUCCGUCUUCGUCGGCGACACCUACUGCUAUUUCGCCGGCAUGGUCUUCGCCAUCUGCGGCAUCCUCGGCCACUUCUCCAAAACCCUGCUCCUCCUGCUCAUCCCCCAAACCUUCAACUUUCUCUACAGCGUCCCCCAACUCUUCCACCUCAUCCCCUGUCCCCGCCACCGUCUCCCCUACUACAACCCGAAAACAAAUCUCCUCGAACCCUCCACCACCCCAUGGCCUAGCCCUCCAAAAAAACAUCAACUCCUCCUCCUCUCUCUCCUGCAUAAAUUCUACCUCAUCGAUCUCAGAUUCAAUAGCGAAGGCGACAUCAUAGAAAGUAGUAAUUUCACUCUCUUGAAUCUAUGGCUUGUGUGGUUUGGCCCGCGCAGAGAAGAUCGAUUGGCCAUGGAGAUCUUGGGUAUGCAGAUGGUGUGUGGAUUGAUCGGGUUGUUUGUUCGACAUCGCUUGGCCUUGUUAAUCUUCAAGAGUGAUAAUUUGAGUGUGUAGAUUUUGGGGAGAUGUGUUGGUUUAUGGGAAAGGAAGAGAAAGAGUUGAAAAGAUAAGAGAAAAGGGAAAUUGGGUAUAUAUUGAACUCCAAGAUUCUGAGCGUAUGUAUGUAUGUAUGUAUGUAUAGAUGUACUCAUAUGGAUAUAGAUAGACAUUUACAAUUUUUACAACAUUACAAGACAACACCACUUGCCUAUCCACGUCAUCAAAUAAUACAUUCAUCAUUUCAAAAGCCUCAAAGCCUCCAGCCUCCGGCCUCCAAGAAGAGAGAUGUUGAAAGUUUUAAUUUUUUUUCAAUUAAAAAAAUACGAGUGAUUUAAUCACUUCACUGCGUCGAGGUCUGUUUCCUCGCACGAUCCGAGCACCACAAAGCUCAUCAAUGUUUAUCCAUCAAUCUUCACCAUUUCGAAACCCCAUGUCAUGCAUGUCAUCCCAUUCCUCCAUCUUAUCCCAGACAUCCCCUAUCAUGAAUAUAUCCAUUUCAAAAGGA